CUCAAUAAUAAAUGGGCAAGACUUCCUAUUCUUUCCUGCUUUAUAUCGUAUUUCAAUAAUAUCAAUAAUAUCAACAUGGUAUCAGAGACUUGCUAUUUUCGAACUCUUUAGUGAUAUUUCUUCCUCAUCUCCAUGGCUAUUGGAGAGGAUACAGUUACCCCUUCCAAAAUAGAAUACACUUCUCCGUUUUAUUUGGGUCCUCAAGAUAGACCUGGAGAUUUUAUCACUCCAGUUCGUCUCACCGGUGAAAAUUACGAUGAUUGGUCAAGUUCUGUCCGCCUUGCACUUCGCGCUAGGCGUAAAUUUGUCUUUGUCAAUGGUGUUAUCAAUAUGCCCGAGCCUCCUUGCACUGAGGAAGAUUGGUUGACUAUACACUCCAUGUUAGUCUCUUGGAUUUUGAAUACUAUUUCACCAGAGGUAAAACUUACUUUGUCUAAAUUUGAUGAUGCAAAACUUCUUUGGAAUGAUUUAAAAGAGCGUUUCUCGGUGGUUGACGGUCCUAAAAUUUAUCAAGUAAAAACCGAUAUUGCUAGAUGUGAACAAUCUAAAUCACAGUCGGUUGCCACCUAUUAUGGGAAGCUUAAAGUUUUGUGGGAUGAGCUUAAUAAUUAUGAACCAUUGAUAAAUUGCUCUUGCGGUAAGUGUACUUGUAAGGUCAAUACUUUACAUGAACAACGCCGAGAAUCCGAGCGAUUCAUCAAUUUUUAAUGGGAUUAUCUUCAGAAUUUUAUGGACAAAUUCGUUUUCAAUUACUUUCCCAAACACCUCUCCCCACACUUAAUCGGGCGUUCCAACAAAUAUCACAAGAGGAACGGGUGCGUGGAAUGGCUCAAAGUAAGGAACGAGAUGAAAAUAAUGAAGUCAUGGGGUUUGCACUUCGGUCAGACAUCCAAGGAAAACUGAAAUAUGAAAAAAUUGAUAAAUCUGGUUUAACUUGCACUCACUGUAAAUCUCGGGGACAUACCGGUGCAAGCUGUUUUGAAAUUAAAGGUUAUCCAGAAUGGUGGGGCAGCCGCCCCAGAUUGUCUGAACGAAAUGUGAAGUAUUUUCCUCCGUUGGAUGGGCGCACUAUGCAUCGUGGACAAAAAUAUGCAGCUGCCAAAGUCAACUCUACUGUUAUUUCUAGGCCCACUGUCAACCCUGCAGGUAUGGAGCAACAUCUUAUCUCUCCAGCAGUAGGUCUCCAGCUAAUGCAUGCGUCCAACACUCCAGGGCCAAGCCAACCAACAUCUGCAACUUGCAGUUCGGAUGUCUUCUUCAACGAUGAUGGUCCCCAGCAUGCUGCUCGUCUCUCAGGCCAGCAGGAUUUCUCCAUGGCAGAAGCUCCUCCGGCCAGCUCCCUAUCGCCGAUCAUGGAAACGGACGCUCCAUUUUUUCCAAAGCUCAGUGGCACGCACUUAUGGCGGCCUUUGGUCCGCCACCCUCUCCGUCCAACCGCAUGCAUGGUACGUUUGAUUCCACUUCUUGGAUCAUUGACUCCGGAGCUUCUAAUCAUGUCACAGGAAAUUUUUCUUGCCUCUCUCACAUCCGUAAUAUUACUGCUCGGCUAGUUGGCCUUCCCAACGGUCACCAAGCCAUGGCUACUAAAGCUGGACGGGUAUUCUUAUCCACACAUAUAUGCCUCCAAAAUGUGCUAUAUGUUCCUCAACUGACUUUACUAUUUCUGUACCAGAAAAUUGGUUCAUUCCCUUACUGUAACCGACUCAACUUUAUCUGUGGACAUUUGGCAUCAACGUUUGGGACAUCCAUCCGAAACAAUUAUGUCGUCUCUUUUUCCCAUGCAUAAAUCUAAUAAAAAUUUGCCAUGUGAAAUAUGUCACCGAGCUAAACAUUCUAGGGCUCCAUUUCCUACAAGUACUAAUAAAACCACCCGAAUAUUUGAACUCGUUCACUGUGAUGUUUGGGGCCCUUAUCACACUCCCUCUUCUUGUGGUGCUAAAAGUUUUUUAACCAUUGUGGAUGAUUUUUCUCGAGCUGUUUGGGUUUAUUUGUUGAUUGAUAAAAAAGAGGUUUACCAUAUGUUUAUGUCUUUUAUAGUCAUGACUGAACGUCAAUUUGCUAGCAAAAUUUCCAUGGUACGGAGUGACAACGGCACAGAAUUUAAUUGUUUAAAAAAUUAUUUCUGUGAACAUGGUAUUCUUUUUCAAACAUCUUGUGUAGGGACUCCACAACAAAAUGGGCGGGUCGAACGGAAACAUCGCCACAUUCUUAAUGUGGCCCAGGCUUUACGUUUCCAAGGACAUUUACCUAUAUCUUUUUGGGGAGAAUGUAUUCUCACUGCCGCCCAUCUUAUCAACUACACACCUUCCGCCGUACUUCACCAAAAAAUACCGUUUGAAGUUUUAUAUGGUAUUUUACCUGAUUAUACCACUCUUCGUGUCUUUGAUUGCCUUUGUUUCGCUCAUAACCAAAAAAGUCGGGUGGACAAAUUUUCUAGCCGAAGUAGAAAAUGUAUAUUUGUUGGGUAUACAAUUGGAAAAAAGGGGUGGCGUUUAUUCGAUCUUGAAACUCACGAGUAUUUCACUUCUCGAGAUGUUAAAUUCUAUGAAACCCACUUUCCCUUUUCUGAAAUUCCAAUUUCAAUUCCCACCACACAUGAAUCUACUACUGCCCACCAGGAAAUCCCAUGUGAACUCUCUAUUUCCCAAAAUGACGUGGAGCCCUUAGCACAACAAACACCUCCCAUUAUUUCUUCCCAGGAAAUUGCUCCGCACGUAACAUCUGACUCUUCCAUUAUCACUACACAACAAACAAAUAUGGACCCCAUUCAACAAAUUGACCAGCCUACUCAAUCCCUUCCUGAUCCCACUUCACCAUCGGCCAGCGAAUCUGAACCCCUCCUUGGUCGGGGUUUACGUAACAAAAUCCCCUCUGUCAAACUUCGUGACUAUACCACUAACACAGUCAUUAUUUCUAGUCCAUCUCCCGCUAAACCUACUCCGCAGCUUUCCUCAGGUACACCUUUUCCAAUAGCACAUUAUAUUAGUUGUAGCAAAUUUUCUGACAGUCAUCGAGCAUUCCUAGCAGCUGUUACUGCCGGUCAGGAACCUCACAAUAUUCGUGAGGCAUACACUCAUGAGGGGUGGCGUGAUGCUAUGAAUUCUGAAAUUCAGGCUCUUGAAGCUAAUCGAACUUGGACAAUGGUUCGACUCCCACCCGGAAAACGUGCUUUAGGGUGUCGCUGGGUAUAUAAAAUUAAAUACAAUUCUGAUGGAACUAUUGAGCGUCUCAAAGCUCGAUUGGUAAUCUUUGGUAACCGACAGGUGGCCGGGUUAGACUACAAUGAAACUUUUGCACCUGUUGCUAAAAUGGUCACCGUCCGUGCCUUCUUAGCAAGGGCUGCAUCUAAAAAUUGGGAAUUGCAUCAAAUGGAUGUACAUAAUGCCUUCUUACAUGGCGAUCUUCACGAGGAAGUGUACAUGAUGACACCGCCUGGUUUUCACCACGCAGACUCAACCCUUGUGUGCCGAUUACAUAAAUCAUUGUACGGCCUUAAGCAGGCCCCCAGAUGUUGGUUUGCUAAACUUGUCACUGCUUUAAAGAGAUAUGGGUUUCUCCAAUCAUAUGCUGAUUACAAACUGUUUACUCGCACCCGCGAUCAAGAACAGCUCAAUGUGCUCAUCUAUGUUGAUGAUUUGCUCAUUUCCGGUAAUAGCUCAACGUCCGUUGCUCAGUUUAAAGAGUACUUAUCCACGUGUUUCCACAUGAAAGACUUAUGCCCUCUCAAAUAUUUUUUGGGGAUCGAAGUUGCUCAAAGCACGACCGGAUUAUUCUUAACUCAGCGGAAAUACACACUUGAUAUUCUCACUGAAACAGGAUUGUUGGGUGCUAAACCAGCCACUUCUCCCAUCGAGCAAAAUCACAAAUUAUCCCAAGCUUCUGGUUCUCUGCUUACGGAUCCAGAGCCAUACCGCCGCCUGUUAGGUCACCUCAUUUAUUUAGCAGUGACACGCCCUGACUUGGCUUACUCGGUACAUAUCUUAUCCCAAUUCAUGCACCAGCCUCGACAAGAUCAUUGGGAAGCUGCAUUACGAGUUGUCCGAUAUUUGAAAGGUUCUCCUGGUCAAGGCAUUCUCCUACGGUCCGAUAGUAACCUUCAUUUACAGGGAUGGUGUGACUCCGAUUGGGCGGCCUGCCCACUUACGCGGCGCUCCUUGUCAGGAUGGGUUGUUUUCCUCGGCCAUUCUCCAAUUUCAUGGAAUACCAAGAAACAACACACUGUUUCGCGCUCUUCCGCAGAGGCAGAGUAUCGCUCCAUGGCGGCGGCCACUUGUGAACUGAAAUGGUUAAAAGCUCUGCUGCUAAGCUUAGGUGUAAACCAUUCACGAGCUAUUCCUCUUUUCUGCGACAGUCAAUCUGCUAUUCACCUGGCCAAAAAUCCUGUUUUCCAUGAACGCACUAAACAUAUCGAGGUCGAUUGUCAUUUCGUUCGUGAUGCUAUACAAGAUGGUGUGAUCUCACCCUCAUAUGUGCCUACCACUUAUCAGCUGGCAGAUAUUUUUACUAAAGCUUUGGGGAAGACUCAAUUUCAUUUUCUUCUGCGCAAAUUGGGCAUUCUGGACCCCCAUGCUCCAACUUGAGGGGGGUGUUACACAUAUUAUUAUUAUUAUUAUUAUUAUUAUUAUUAUUAUUAUUAGUACUCCUAUUAUUGUUUCAUGUAGGGUACACUGAUCAUUGAGGUAUGCCUCAAUUAUUUCCUCAUAAUAAAUGGGCAACACUUCCUAUUCUUUCCUGCUUUAUAUCGUAUUUCAAUAAUAUCAAUAAUAUCAACAAUCAGGCUCGAAUAUAUCAUACUCAAAAACCAAUGAAGUGACUGCAGGAAACACACAAUGUGAACUAACAGGGAAGCGAAAACUGAAUCCACCAAGAAGGACUUGCGUAAUUGUAGGGCAAGUACCUAUACACUCUUGAAGAUUAUACUAUCGUAUGUUUCUCUAAAUUUAUGAAUAGAAAGGUGAAGUUUCUCAAUGCCAUUUCUCGACAGAAAAAGACAACAACGAUCUAUAUCAGGUGGUAGUGGCAUAGGAAUUCUUUCAGAUAUACAAUGCUCCUCAUACUCUAAAUGCGCCAGUGUAAAUUUCUUAACCGGUCCCGUCCGGAGCAUGCACACCGGUUCAUUGUUUCGACACAAUCCACUACGGGUUCAUCGUCAUCGUCGGAUCGUAUAAAAUGUGAGAAGUUCAAACCAAAGUCCAGCUGGCCGUGAGCAAACCAGACAUCCUUCCAGUGAGUUGAAAGCAGAGCCAUUCUGGCAGCUUCACGCAUGCUCAACAGUUCCAGAAUUGAUUCCUUCAGCUCUGCUGGUAGUUGACAUAUUAAGCCCUCUCUUGCGCCUGAUGUGGUUUUUCUUCGAUAAACACAGGAAAUCCACGUCAAUAAAUUGGCCCACAUCUCUUAGACUUAAGAGAGUCAAAGUCCAAGUGCACAAAAAGAGGAACAGAAUGGAUAAACAUGGGUGGAAGAAAGAUAAUAAGUCUUGGAGCAAAAGAAGUGGAGCCAAAGUGAUAAAGUCAAAGAGCUAAUUCCCUAAUCCUACGAAAUAGGAGUUGGACAUGUUGGGCGGUUAGACGGUGCAUUAGAAUGUGAUGAAUUUAUUUGUAUAAAUAGGAAUAAUGUUCAUGCACUAACACGAGGAAUCUCACUCUUUACAUAGCUAUCAUAAUUAAUACUGCGUAUUGAUCUUCAUUUUGCUUUAGUUGUUGUAUUUUAGAUAUAGAGUGUUGGAACUUUCUACCUCAAUUAUUAUUAAUAGAUUGGUCUUGGACAUUCAAGAGGGAUAUUUGGAACAAAGUUCUUGAAUUUACAUUCAAUUGCUAUCGAUAUAUUUACAUACUAUUUUAUUUCUUGCACGUAGCCCAAUAUAAUUCUCUUAUCUAUUUGAUUGUUUCAAUUUACAAAAAAUUGCCUAAACAAUUUGGCGCCCACCGUGGGGCAUCGUGCAAGAGGAGGAUCAUCAAGCAUGGCCGGAGACAAUCCUUUGCUGAUUGAGUUCCAUGCGCAGCUAGAAGCGGCAAAAGAAGAAAUUCGGCGAGAGGUGGCGGAACGAAUGACCCACCUUCAACGGGAGAAUGACGUUCUUCGUUCACAUGUGCAAUCAGUGGUGUCGAUAGCUUCAAACUCAAUGAUCAAUCGGAGGAGCGAUGUCGGGACUGCUGUCGUGAGACUUGAUCUUGGUUUCACCCCGGCGGCGACGGAUCCACCUGCAAUGACGAUGGAUCACGUCUCCCUCACACUAGGCCUGUCACCAUCCGGAGAACCCCAACCCACUGUCAUUUCUCAGGUUACACCCUAUACACCUCUCAUCCCUGAGACAACUCCCGCUCCCAGCAUACCAACUUGUUUCUUUCCGGAGUCCCUUCGUCCCGGAUCAAGAACGACCGACUUACACUCAACCACUCAAAGCAUACAGAUGGUUUCCGCCAUGUCCGCCCCGACGGAGCCCUCGGUCCCUCACUACAUAAGCAGAAAUCAUGGAGAGCCCGGUCCAUCCAGUUUCGUGCAGAACCGCAGACGAAAUAUUUUUGACGACCUGCUACCUGAGGUUCAGACACAACGACCGCGUAGACCAGUCACUUUGACGGAUCAGAAUUGUGGGGGGAGACGUCCAGAAAUCAUAUUCAUUCCGUCACCAACCCGUCCCGGAGCGACUCAGAUGGCAGGACCAACGGUUCCAACAGGAGGUCUACUUCAACCAGGUAUGGCGGACACAAUGUCUAUGAUCAUGGACCAGCUACGACAAAUGCAGGAGAGAAUUAAUGCAAUUCCUGGAGUUCCCCCUCCACUUGACAUAGCGUCUCAAACGUGUUAUGAAGACUCACCUUUUGACGGUUCGAUCAUUCGUGUCGAAUUGCCAAAUAAAUUUGACAUACCAACCAUGGAUCCAUUUGAUGGAACCACGGAUCCGGGAGAACAUGUCGCACGAUAUAAGCAAGUGAUGUCGACAGUCUCUGUUAGAACUGAAUGGAAGAGGCAUGUAUGUGUCGUGGAUUCGGCAUGACAUUGACCGGUCCAGCUUUGACAUGGUUCAUCAAUCUUCCGAAUGGGAGCGUCGGUUCGUUUGCCGAACUCGUCAAUCUUUUCAAUCGACAGUUCGCGAGUAGUAAGGUAUUGGAAAGACAGACCAGCGACUUGUAUCAAGUCACUCAGAGGCAUGGUGAAUCCCUUAGAGAUUAUUUGCACAGAUUCAACAAAAGGAAGGUGUCGAUCCCAAAAUGUGACGUCUCUACCGUCAUUGAAGCAUUCAGAAGAGGUUUGUAUGGAGAUUCAGAGUUGUAUCGCGAACUGACGAAAUACCCUUGUCGAUCCUUCGAAGAUGUUCAAGCAAAGUGUGACACCCCGAAAUUUUCCACCCAAAAUAAUACUUUGAAAUAGAGAUGACCUUUAAUUUAAUGAUUAAAACUUCAAAAGUUGCAGCGGAAAUUAAUAAAAACUAAGUAAAAGGGGCAUGUCACCGCCACAUCCAAUCCGUGAAUGAUUGGAUGCUAAGGCUAUCUACCAAAACACGAGUUUAACAAAAUCAAGAUGUUCGAAUCAUAAGAAAAUAUUAAAGUUUAUUUCUAGUGAACUACAUAAUUGUCUUCUAAUUCGCGCUCUCAAACAUUGCAGCAUCAAAAUCAACAUGAUCAUCUCCUGUUAAAUACGAGCACAAGAAAAAUAAAAGAAAACAAACAUUAGCAAUAAUGCUAAGUAAGUUUCACCUAACCUUUUAAAAUAAUAAUAAAUACUAUAUAUAAAUUCGUACAACCUCAUAAAAUAUUUUUCAAAACACUUUAUAAAUCAUACAUCAUAAGUAAAUGAUAUCUAUAUAAAAUCCCAAUCACAUAAUUAACUCGUAAACCAUAAUAAUUCCAAAAUACAUGAAACACCAAAAUUCUCCUCUUUUGAAUUUCUCCCAAAAUCACUUUGUACCUAACUUUCUAGUAAUUUAGAAGGGCGGUGCUCAACACUUUGGUUGAGCCCGGUGGUCCGUUGUUAGGUAUGGCCACCCCGGGACUAUCGCCGGUACCACAACUGCUCCUUGGAAACGGAAACAACUACUUUAAGUGUGCACACCCCCUAAAGGUAUUCCAAGCCCUCCGGGUUAGUAAGUCGAUCCGGGUAGCCGGGAUGUUUUCUACCAACUACCCCACCUCAAAAAGUGAAUGAUUAGGAGCUACUACUACCAUUACUACUCAAAAAGCCGGGAUGUUUUCUACCGACCGACAAUUCACCUCAAACCAACACAAACCAAAAAUUGAGUAGUAGUAGACCUAACCAUCCUCCACAUUUUAAGGGACGUGGAAAACCAACACCACAGAUUUCUCUCGUGAUGCUCACCCUUUAUGAAAAUAUUUAUUUCUCUUUGUUUUCUCAAAAUCAAUCGAAGUUUAUACUUCAAAAAUUUCCUUUUUCAUUAAACUCCCACAAAAAUAACAAAUUACGUACUAUUACAAAAUCUCCCAAAAUAACUCAUAUCAACAAAACAAUAUAUCAACUAAUAUCUCAAAUACAAUCCUUUUAUAUAAUAAUAUUCAAAUUCAGCACACAUAAAUUCAAUUCUCAAAUAUGCACACAAAAAUAUUUAAAAGAAAUCACGAAGAAAAAGAACUAAUUUCGGUUGACGUGAAACUUACCUUAAAUCCCGAUGAAUCAUAACCGAAGCUUCUACAUUGACUUUCUUGAGAGUCACUUUCUAGAAUAUUAAAAUUCUAGAAUUAAUAAUUUAUUUAUAAAUUGAGAUUAGUUAGCCCGCCUUGAUUUAACUCAUUUAUAUUUAUCUAAUUAUACCCGUCUAAUCUUUUCUCAAAUUCACCUAUCUCAUUAUUAUUUAUAUGAUUUAAUCAAAUCUAUAAAUUCUUAAUUGAUUAUCCUGCCCAAUUAGAUUAUAUCUAUUUGGUUUACUCCGUCUGACUUGAUCUGCCGGUUUGUCUAAAAUCACUUUUAAUCGGCUUAAUAUAAAGGUAACAAUUUCAAUAAAAGUGAACAUUAGCGAUUUUGUUAACUCAAUAAUAACUUUUAUCAAAAUCCUCACAUGUCAAUUGAUUAUUUAAUCUUUUCUCAAUAUUUUUAAAAAUUCUAAUUGGAUACUGGAUACUGGAGCAUCUGACCAUAUGGCUUAUGAUGCUUCCUUAUACAUUACUCCAACAAAAACUAUUUCAAUUAAUAUUCAAUUGCCUACUGGUAAUUUCAUUUCUGCCACUAAAAUUGGUGACAUUAAAUUGAAUUCUUAGCUUACACUACAUAAUGUCUUAUAUGUUCCUAAUUUCACUUAUAAUCUUAUAUCUAUCUCCAGCUUUACUUCUCAUGAUAAUAUAUCUGUUUACUUCACUUCUAAACAUGCUAUAUUGCAGGACCACCUUACUCACAAAAUGAUUGGCUCUCUUGAUUUACAAAAUCGCUUAUAUCACUAUCAUUUUCAUUCAUCCAUUACACAUAUUCCUACUGUGCAUUCUGCAAAUAGUCAACAUUCUGAACAUGAUGCUUCUUCAACUACUCUUUGGCAUUUUAGAUUAGGGCAUUUACCUAUUAAUAAACUUUCUUUCUUGUCUGAUUGUAAUAUCUCAAAUAAUGAAAAACACUAUUUUUCUUGUGAUAUCUGUCAUUUUGCUAAACAAAAAAGAUUUCCUUUUCCUAUUAGUACUUCUCAUGCUUCUAAUGUCUUUGAUUUAAUUCAUAUGGAUGUUUGGGGUCCUUAUAAAGUUACUUCUUAUACAUGUUUUAGAAAUUUCCUAACUGUUUUUGAUGAUUACACUAGAUGCACUUGGGUAUUCUUACUUACAACAAAAUCUGAAGUUAAAUUGCAUAUGCUAAUUUUUUAUAAAUUCAUUGAAACUCAAUUUCAAAAGAAAAUUAAAAUCAUUAGAACUGAGAAUGGCACUGAAUUUUUAUUUCCUGAAUUUUAUACUUCAAAUGGUAUUCUUCAUCAAUUAUCUUGUGUUGAAACUCCUCAAUAAAAUGGUAGGGUUGAAAGAAAACAUCAACAUAUUUUACAAAUUGCUAGAGCUCUCUUAUUUCAAUCCUGUUUACCUAUAUCUUUUUGGUCUGAUGGUAUUCUUACUGCUGUUCACAUUAUUAACACAUCACCUACUUCAGUUCUUCAAAAUAAAUAUCCUUAUGAACUGUUAUAUAAUCAUCCUCGUGACUAUACUCAUUUAAAGAUCUUUGGUUGCUUGGCUUUUGCUUCUACUAUUUGUUCUAACAGAACAAAAUUUGAUUCUAGAGCACAUAAAUGUGUUUUCAUUGGUUAUUCUUUAGUAUCUAAAGGAUACAAAUUAUAUGAUUUAAACACUCAUAAAACUUUCAUUUCUAGGAAUGUAAAGUUUUAUGAGAUGAUUUUUCCUUACAAAACCCAUGAUUAUGAAAAUAAGAUUGAUUCUGAUCUCAUAUAUCCUCCAAAUAAUAAUUGGGUUAAUUAUCAAAAUAGGACUAAAAGUCACCCACUUUGCACAAAUAGGACCAAAAACUAAAUUAUGUUUUCAUAGGACUAAUUAUGUGUGUCUUGGACAAAUAUACCCUUCUAGCUAUUGAAAUGUUUUAAUUCAUAAUAAAAUAAUAAAUAAUAAUAAUUCGUAAAAACUACUAAAAAACUAAUAAAAAUAUUUCGAUAAUAAUUAAUUAAUUUAUUUUUUUUCAAAAAAUAAAAAAAUUAAAAAAAAUUAAAAAAAAUAAAAACUCAAAAAAAUAAAAUAAAAUUCACCGCCACCUCUGCCGCCUCUGCACCACCACCUCCAGUCACCGGGGAAAAAAUGCCAAGUUCAUUACGAAUGUCAUAUUUAUGGCAGAAAACAAUGAAAAUGUUGGCAUUCUCCAAGAGAAAUAUGCCAUGUUUUUGGCAUUUUCAGAAAAAAUGGCAGUUUUUAGGAAAAAUGACAUUUUUUUCACCGCCCGGAGAUGGUGGUGCAGGGAGGUAGUACAGGCGGUGGGAAAGGCAUCCAUAUUUUUUUUAAUUUUUUUAAUGGAGUUUUACUAUUUUUUAUUAAUUUUUUAGAAAAAAAAAAUUAAAAAAAUAUUUUUUUUAUUUUUUAUGUUAUAAAUAUUUUAUAAAUUUUUUAAUUAUUUUUCAACGAACUUUUGAAUUUUUUUCGAAUUUAUUAUGAAUUAAACAUUUAAUUAACUCAUAUUUAAAGGAAGGGUAUAAAUGGAAGGAAAAAAUAGGUAUGUUUGCAAUAGGAGUAAUUUGGUCCUAUUUUGAAAAGAAAAACAUAGUAAGUCUUAUUUUGAGUUUUUGCCAUAGUUUUAGUCCUAUUUGGAGUAAUUUCUAAUAAUAAUUCUAUUACUGAAUACCUAAAUACUCUUUAUCAUAUACUUAUUCUCAAAAUUACCUGGACAAUGAAAUCAAUGAUGAAAUACAUCUUUUUCACUCUAGUAAUACAAAUUCUGUCACUAAUGAUUCUUCCAAUACCAUGCAGACAGAUAAUGAUUAGAUUGAUCACAAUGCUACUGAAAACAGUUCUCCAAGGAAAUCUACCAGAGUAAUGAUAUGAAUGAAAUUAAAUGUGUCAAAUCCUAUUUACAUCACAAAUUUACCAUUAAAGAUCUUGUUUCUUUCUUGUCUUACAAAUAUCCAUAUGACUGCUGCACAUCGGGUGUUAAGAUAUCUCAAAAUCUCUCCAGGAAAAGAUAUAUACACAAAACCACUUGGGAAUCUACUCUUCAGUCAGUUUACAAACAAGAUGAACCUGCUGAACAUCCAUGCUCAUAGUGUUGUUGCAAAUGCGGUUUUAUAGUUUUAUAUUAGCCCAUCUUUUAUUCCUCAUUAGAAUAGACUUUAGCCAUUUAGCAUAUAAACUGUAUUUUUAACCCUAUUAUGUACAAAUUCAUUCAAUCAUCUUAUUCAUCCUUCUGCAUUCAAAUCUUUCUUUUGCUCUGUAAAUUCACACUUA